AUGACUGAACUACAAGCCAGUAGCGAUAUUCAUCAAAAGCCAACACUCGUACAGAUCAUAGAGCUUCAGGAAGAAACAGUUAACCCAACACCUUUGUGCAAACGGUCACCUGCAAUUCCAUGUGAAGAUAUCUUAACUGAGCAGAAGCUAAGAGAAAUAACAGGAGUUGCAGAUUUGAGCAUGGUGUUCACCUUAGACCUUGAAAUUGAUACUGAUCGUGUAUCGGUAGCAAACUUCGGAUCAUAUUUACCAAACUUGAGAUAUUUGAGGUUAUCUAAUAGUAACAUUCACGCUGUUCGGGAUCUUGGGACAAACCUUAACUCUGUGGAGGUCAUUUGGAUGCCUCGCUGUAAUCUUGUCAGCCUAAAUGGUUUAUCAGGUUUUACGAAACUAGUAGAAUUAUACAUAGCAUUCAACGGAGUAUCAGAUCUAAGUCCCUGUGCAAUGUUGGACAAUAUCGAAGUGUUGGAUCUUGAAGGCAAUCUGAUCGAAGAUAAAACCAGUUUAUCAUAUCUUCGUCUCUGUCACAACCUUACAUCCCUCACUCUUGAAGGCAAUCCCUUCGUUACAAAAUACGGUGGGAAGAUAAGGUACAGGAAAAUCGUACGGAAAGAAGUGCCACAGAUAACCAUUCUUGAUGACAUUCCAAUACAAGAUAAUCCCAAAUCACAUUCAGGCGAGUAUGAUAUUACCAAGUUCGACAGUGAAUGGGAGUAUAUAGACAUUUUAUUGAAAGAAAUUGGUUUGCUGUCUGUUAAAGCGAAAAAUUUUAUAGAUGGAGACAAAUCAAGUUAUCGUCUGGCUACAGCAGAAACAAUCGAUGCAGGCCGUUCAACUUUAGGCCUAAAAUCAACUUCAGCAUUGAAACAAAAGUAUGAAAAAAACACUUCACAAUUUACUGAACCUAAAUUCAGUCAAAGAAGCUUAAGGCUUUCUAGAAGUUCAUCAGUAAUGCUGGAUAAUGAAGUUAACUACGAUGAAGAGGAGCGUGUUUCUGAACUUACAACAGGCAAAAUUAUAUGUGGAGGUAUUAGUUCUGCUUUACGUCAUCGAAGAUCAUCAGCCAAUAAAAGUGACAUUGAAAAAACUCGAUCAACUUCCGUGAGAUUAGAAAGUAAAAGUGGAACUAGUUCAAUUUUGGACGACAAUGGUAGAUGUAAAGUGAAAACUGAAAAUGCCAAUCAAACUGAACCUAACAGCCAACAGGAUGACAAGGUUACAGAAGUUUUAGAGCGUGAAACAACUAUGAAAGAAGAAUUAUGUUUACGUAAGGAAUGUGAAAAUGUUUUUCAAGAACUUGCAGAGUGGAGAAAAUUGCAUACAGAAUCUAAACUACAUAAUUCAAAUAAAAAUACAACAAGAAAAAAGGAUAAAUCUAUGAAAACAGAUUUAGAAUGUAAAAGAAUCAUUUCAUCACCUGAUAGCGAUGAAAAUACACCAAAUGACCUUGUAAAAGAGUGCAAUAAAGAUAUGAUCAUGUUAAAUAAACCGCUGAAUAAUUACUAUCAUCAAAAAUCAAAUAUAACAAAUAAAAAAAAGUCCGUGAAAUCUAAUGAUAAUCGAAAUUGUGAAAAUAUUGUACCGAUGAAAAUGUCAAAUAUAAUGAAACAAAGUCAAAUCGAUAUGAAACAUACAAAUGUUGGUACAAGUUGCGUGAACAAUCGAUCAGUGGUGAGUAAUGAUCAUGCAACCAAUCAUUCUCAAUUCUAUUCUUCCUCCUCCUAUUCUGCUCCACCCAAAUCAGUAUUAUCAUCAAUUCAUUCUUCUGAUUUGCCAAUCCCUGUCAACUCCUCAUCAUCGUCAUUCGGUUCUCCUCCUCCUCCUUCUACUUCUACUUCUUCGCCCAACAGACAUCAACAACAUGCAAAGAAUCCAGCUGCACAUAUUGAUUGCUUUUACGAUGAACAAUUGAUUGUGGACAAUGAACAUACUACACAAGGCGUAAACAGUCAAAACUUGUCAUCAUUGCGAAAUAAACAUCAACGUAUAUCUCCUGAAGUUAGAAUAUUUAAAUCCUCAUCGGCAUCAGCAUCAUCAUCAACCCAUGGUGUAGUGAAUCCUGCCAAUCGAAUUCAUUCAAUCGAUACAAGAAAUAAAUUUGCUUUAAAAUUCACUAAAACAUUGAAUAAACCAAUACAACCAUUACCAUCGAAACCAUUAGUGAAACAUGAGAAAUAA